AUGCUGCAUUCAAACCACACCACAGUGUCCGAGUUCAUCCUGAUUGGCUUUUCCACAUUCCCUCGGCUUCAGCUGAUGUUCUUUGUGCUCUUUCUGCUAAUGUAUUUGUUCACACUGCUGGGCAAUCUUCUCAUUUUGCAGACCAUCUGGAGUGAGCGGAACCUCCACACACCUAUGUAUUUCUUCUUAUGUGCACUCUCAGUCUCAGAAAUCUUCUACACUUUUGCCAUUAUCCCACGACUACUCACAGACCUUCUAUCUACUCAACAUGUCAUCUCCUUCCUGGGCUGUGCCAACCAAGCUCAUGAGCCCACAAGGCUGUACCUGGUUGACUCUUUCCUGCUCACAGUCAUGGGUUAUGAUCGCUAUGUGGCUAUCUGCUACCCUCUUCGCUACAAUGUGCUCAUGAGCCCACAAGGCUGUACCUGGUUGGUGGCCUCCUCUUGGUUUGCUGGUAUAAUCAUAGGACUGGUUGUUACACUUGCUAUUUUCCACUUGAAUUUUUGUGGGCCCAAUGAAAUCCACCAUUUUACCUGCCAUGUACCUCCCUUAGUGAAGCUUGCCUGUGGGGAUAUUUGGGGUGUGGCUACGGGAGUGGGGAUUGUCUGUAUCACAGCCCUAUUGGGCUGCUUCCUCCUUAUCCUCACUUCCUAUGCUUUCAUUGUGGCCACCAUUUUGAGAAUUCCUUCAGCUGAAGGACGACAAAAGGCCUUUUCUACCUGUGCCUCUCACCUCACUGUGGUUGUGGUACACUAUGGCUUUGCUUCUGUUAUCUAUCUAAAGUCCAAGGCCCCAGAAUCAUUUGAAGGAGACACCCUGAUGGGUAUCACUUAUACUAUUCUUACUCCCUUCUUGAGUCCUAUCAUCUUUAGUCUGAGGAACAAAGAAUUGAAGAAUGCUAUAAAUAAAGUCUUCUUAAGGAUUUUCUUCCCUCAAAAGCUGUAG